AUGCCUCGCGCUCCAGUAGUUUGCAUCACACAUGGCGGUGGUCCGAUGCCCGUCCUCGAGCCUCAAAUGGGUAGCCAUGGCCAUGACGCGCUUAAUGAAAGCCUCCGAACCCGUGUGCGUGAAAUCUUGAGAUUGGGCACAUCUGAAGCGCCUCGUGCCAUAGUUGUCAUUACCCCUCAUUGGCGUCCUGAUUAUCCAACCGUAACUAUGGUCGACAAGCCCCCGAUUUGCUAUGAUUUUGAGCCGAGUCACCCGCCUGCCGCUUGGGAUAUUCAGUACGAGGCUCCAGGAUCUAGCGAGGUGGCAAAUCUCGUCUACGACGCUUUUUCUGCAGCUGACCUGAAGACCGGAAAAGAUUUUGAGAGAGGUUUUGACCACGGUGUUUUCAUACCAUUUAUCUUCAUCAGCCCGUCAGGCGAGGUGCCUCUGAUCUCGGUCUCGAUCUCUAGCUCCUCCGACCCUGACCUGUACACUCGGAUGGGCCAGGCGCUGAUCAAGCUGCGAGAGGACAACAUUGCGGUUGUGGGCUCAGGCUUUGCUUCCUACCACAACGUUCCAAUGAUGCGAAAGCUCUACUUCGCUGAUCCCGCUUCGGCGGAGAUGACUGAAUGGCGCAACAAGGUCACCGACUUUAAUAGGGCCCUUGCGGACAUCGUGACGACUGCGGAUCCUGAAGAGCGAGCCAAACGCCUGCAGAAAUGGCGUGAACUACCUUUCGCAUACGAUGUCCACCCAGAUAACGAAGAUGAGCAUAUCCUGCCUCUGUUUGUUUCUUCUGGAGCUGCGGAUAACAGCAAGGGGGAAUUCUUUUCUGAUCCAUUUGGCGGUGUCGAGGUGUACACUUUCUAUUGGAGUGAAUAA